AUGGGUGUAUUAAGCAAGCCGCUGCCCCUGGAGAUCUGGAUGCUCAUUGUCAAGUUGCUCAAACCCAACACGAAGGCGAAUGCGAAAGCCCUGCGUGCCCUUUCUCGCUGUUGCCGUGCCCUCGCUCUGCCAUCCCAACGGGUCCUCUUCAACGACCUCCACAUUCCCCGGACAUGUACUGUCUUGCCGUCACGGAGAGCCGGAGCGCUUGCCCGCCUCAAAGAUGCAUUCACCCGAUCCCCCCACCUCGCCACGUUUGUGCGUAGAGUGUGCUACGUCAUAGAGGACCCGGACUCGGACUCGGAGAACACGACUCUUCACUGGAUCUUGAACCAGCUCACUGGCAACCUCUCCGGCGUCCAGGUUGAAUACAUUUCCAAGACACCAAGCGCGCCGUACCUCGACUGGGACACGCUUGAUGCACGACUGCGCUCGUCCAUCAUGCACACCGUUCAGGCUCCACGUCUCGAGUCCCUUUCUCUCUUGUGGAUCAAGAACCUGCCUUUAUCGGGUCUCGUAUCCCUGUCCCCGGAUCUCACCAGGGUGAAGCUCGAGGUGAAGAUACAGCAAGAAUCCGUCGAAAGAUCUGAAAGCCUAAAUUCCAAUGGUACUCCAAGACGAAUGGACCCGACGCAGAAUAACAAGAGACGACUCCCCCAGAUCAUGGAUUUCCAGUACUACGAUCACGACAUGGAUGGUGUGUUGGCCUCCCGCCCGUUCGUGUUCGAUUUUGAGCAGCUUCAAUUUCUCCAAAUCAGCUGGGGGAACGAGCUACAAUGUGCGAUGGGGAAGGAACUUAUAAAGGCGUCGAGCAAGCUCGAAGGCCUGGCAUGCAAAUCGAUCGCAGGACUGGCAAAGGCGAUGCUAGACUGCAGUUCCGAGCACAGUCUGACAACGCUGGCCAUCAGGCUCUCACACGAAACCGCCUCACAAACAGUGCCAGACCCCGACGAGUACGACCUGUUCUUGGGGUUUAUCGAAGAACUUGAGUUCCUUGCGGGAAAGAACGCCGUGAAGUACCUCAUGGUUCACUUCGACACUACGAAGGAGGCCCAUGACAGGCUCACGAGCUGCCUGAGCCGGUUCGACGAAGUCAUCACCCGAGAGGCCUUCCCGCACCUUGAGCACUUUGAGUUGGAAAUCUGGGUUCAUUACUCAGAGCCAUAUUACGUGCCACACGGAUCCAGGUUAGAAGACUCCUGGGCAGAGCGCAACCGCGCUCAGUGCCGGGGAGUGUCUGCGAUACCGGGGCUCAAAUUUGGCUGUCAAGUGGAAAUCAUGCUUAAGUGUGAUCUGUGA